AUGCUCGUAACUGCUGGAUACGCCUCUCUUGCUGGCCUGAUGGGUCUUGGCCUUGUUCUUAAUGUUGCUCGCUACAGAUCCAAACUGAUGGUGUCGCUUGGAGAUGGUACUUACGAGCAGACUUUGGAGCUGCUGCAAAAGUACACUGACAAGGGGCCAACUGUAUUGGACGACAAGUCUUUGUCUACACCAUUCAACUCCAAGUACUUUAAGCUCACACAGGCCGUGCGAGCCCAUGCAAACUUUAUCGAAACUGCUCCAUGGGUGUUUUUGUUGGUUGGAUUGGCUGAAUACAAUGGUCUGGAUUCGUUCUAUGUUCAUACCUCCUUGUCGCUGUUUUUAGUCAUGCGUGCUGCCCAUGUGAGUGAUAUGAUCUGUACCAAAAAGGCAUAUGGUCCUGCUCGUGCUUUUUCCACGCUUGGCACAAUGGUUCUCAUUUUAGGAGUAUCCACUUGGAACAUUUUAAAAGUGUGGUUUUAA